AUGACAAUAUACGACAUCCAGUUUGCAGUAUCGACUGACGGAGCAAUACAGAAAAUAGCUCACUCGAUAAUCGAGUCCGUCGACAUGUCUCUGGGCACUCUCCACAUCCUCACGCUCCUCCACGAGCCUAACAAGGUGCAUUAUGGCCAGGAACCGAUAUGCGGCACAGUAUCUGUCCGAUACACAACCUCCAAGCUCAAGGACAAAGAACAUGCCGAGCUGUUUGGACCUCUCAAAAUCAGGCUCCGUCUCAUGGGAUCUGUCGAAAUCGGACGUGCGAGCGACGUGAACAACACUAAAGUCUGCCUCAAGGUAGACACAAUUCAUGACGGCCCAGUGAAAUUGAUGGCCGGCUCUCUGACUCAGUACCCGUUUGAGAUCACCUUCCCGCCGCAUGCAGACCCCAAGAUCAACUCUGCAGUCUCGGCACAACAAGCGGAGAAUGGCGAUUGGAAGUUCCACCAACGUACUACCAGUGUACACACCGAGCCACUUCCGCCCACCAUGCGAUCCAGCGAGCGAGAGGGAAUUUCUAAGCGGGAGACUGCCAUUCGAUAUGUGCUGGCAGUAGCUGCUGAAAUGCCUGGCUUCAGUGUGGAAAUAAUACAUCCACCUUUGCCCAAGGAGGUUCUCUAUGACCAGCCGCGCAUGCCUACGAGUGCGACGGCAAUGCUGAGCGAACGAGCUCCACGCUCAAAGCAAAAGUUGGUUGUACGCGACGAGGCUUUUCUUGGAGAGGAAGCACGUCCACAGGGAUUCAGAGGGAAGGCGAAAGCAAUACUCAAGCAUGAAGAGCCACCAAGAUACGUUUUCGAGGUGUACUUCGAGAACGUCCCGAAGCACAUCUUCGUGGGACAGCCCGUCGACCUUGAUCUCUCAGUGGCGAGUAACAGUGAGCAGAGCACGGCCGCGAGCUUCCCUCCAGUCAGCUUGCAAUCAGCCUCGGCGGCCCUCAUAGCCCACACUACGAGUCCGAGAUCGAGCUUUGAUGCCUCGGACUUGGUGAUGAGCACUGAAACGCUGAAGGCGAAGGAAGCCGAAAUCCACCCAAAGGGUUCUUUCGACAAAAGCCGCGAUCACACCAAGACGAUCAGUUUCGGAGCACUAAGCUAUGUCCCAAGCAGCUUCCGGUAUGCCGACAUAGUGAGUCGCACCUACAAGCUACGACUUAUGCUCGCGUUCCUGGUAUGCGGUCAGACUGUGAACUGUAUGCGUCAGUUCGAUGUAGUGGUUCAUCCGCCGCUCCUGCUUGAUGAGGACGAGCAGCCGCCAAGCUUCGACGCAGUGUUUGAGGAGGAUCUUCCGUCCUACGAUGAAGUGGUUGCAGGGCCCAGCACCGCAUCGUAUCUGCCAGCCUAG